AUGGGUGUGGCCGCAAAGAUUGCGCCGUCGAUGCUAUCAUCGGACUUCGCUAACUUGGCCUCAGAAGCCGAGCGCAUGAUCAGAUGUGGCGCCGAUUGGCUCCAUAUGGACAUCAUGGAUGGGCACUUUGUACCUAAUUUGACUCUUGGUGCUCCUGUAAUUGAGAGUUUGAGAAAGCACACAAAGGCUUAUUUGGAUUGCCAUCUUAUGGUCACAAAUCCUAUUGACUAUGUGGAACCAUUUGCUAAAGCUGGUGCUUCUGGAUUCACAUUUCAUGUUGAGGCAUCUAGAGAAAAUUGGGAAGAACUUGUGCAAAGAAUCAAGUUAAAAGGCAUGAGGCCUGGUGUGGCAUUAAAACCUGGAACACCCAUUGAAGAAAUCUAUCCACUGGUUGAAGCCGAGAAUCCUGUGGAUAUGGUGCUAGUAAUGACUGUGGAACCUGGAUUUGGCGGACAGAAGUUCAUGCCAGAAAUGAUGGAUAAGGUACGUGCAUUGAGAAAGAAGUAUCCAUCGCUCGAUAUUGAGGUGGAUGGUGGGUUAGGGCCUUCGACCAUUGACGUGGCAGCGUCAGCUGGAGCAAAUUGUAUUGUUGCUGGAAGUUCUGUCUUUGGAGCCUCUGAGCCAGCUCAGGUGAUAUCCCUUCUGAGAACAAGUGUUGAGGAAGCUAAUUAAGACAAUUGGUAUCAGUAUAGGCAAGCUUGGCCAUACUGGUUUUUGUCAAUAUAUGUAUACUGCUUAGAUCAUAAAUCCAUGCAUCUCCACUACUUUUAAGUAGUGUAUGUGUAUGUAGCUCUGUCUAACAUUAUAUGCACACCGGAUCAAUUCUUUGGGACUUGUGGGAACAUUUUCGCUUGGUCCUUUUGUAAUAUUCAAGAACUUUGGUUUUCUUUUUUUCUUUUUUUCACAUUUUGGGUCAUAUGAUAAACUACAGUUCCAUAAUAAAUUGAGUUACCGCCAAUGCCUAA